AUGGGCUCAGCUCUGGAGACGUUUAAUCCCAAUCCAAACAAAUACUUCUCCACAUCUGUUAACUAUUUGCCACAAAUUCAGUUGAACAACAACUUUGUCCCGCAAUCAAGUAAUGGACAACAACAACAACACCAGAGCAAUGGUAACCAACAACAUAGCCGUCCCCCGCCGUCGCCCGCGUCCUACUCAUACUCCUCACUCCAGAUGCCGAUCCGACCCAACACUCAAUACCCGGUUCAGGAACAGGAGAAAGAGCCCGACUUUCGCAUUCCUCAACAGCCGGAACAGACGCCCGAAGACAGACCCGUUCAGCAGCACUCCCAGGAGGAAGAGUACGACUUCAAAGACAACGAUGUUGUGGUGACCACAACAACAACCACCACAACCUCCGCGCCAUUCCUGCCGCCACAGGAGGAGGACGUCCAGCAAAAGGGUUUCGACGACGACAUCGAACUGACCACCAAAUCGUCGGCGGCCGACGACAACCGCUUUGAAGAGCCGCAGCGACAGAUCAGUAUCGGCGGCGACGACAGCCAAGAGGAUCAGCACCAGAUGGUGGACCAGCAGCGCGACGACGGCCGCAAAAUGACUACCGUUUCGAUGCCAAUGCCCACAACAAACGCUCACUUCGAUGGCGACGACGACACUAUCGUUAAGCCAUUUCCGCCCGGAAAGCGACCGCAACCACAGCCACAGGACCUGACGGACAACACCUGCUCCGGGGCUCAGUUGUGUCAACACGCUUGUGACGCCCGGACCGACAACUUGAUCGCCGACGCCAGUAGUAUGCGAGAUGUGGUGACCAAACUCAACGCCGACCUCCUGUUCAACACAUUCCCAUCGCUGGAGGACGAGCUCCAGAAUAUGAUCGGUUUCGCGUCGACCAGUGGUUAUACACUAAUACUGCCCUCUAAUGAAGCCGUGGCUCGACUGCCGCCCAACCUCUUGGAGUACUGGAAGAAUAAUGUGCACACAUUGGCGCCAUUAUUGGACAAUCAUGUGGUGGAAAGCGCCCAAUCGUUGGAAGAAAUGCGCCAAGCUCAAAUCAUUCAGCCCCGCAGUGGCGUCAAAUUGCGGGUCCAGAGGGCCCACAACGACACCUAUACCAUCAACGGUGAGCGCGUAUCCAUUGGCAAUCAGGUCGCGCCGUCCGGCGGUCAGAUACAUGUCAUCGACGGUAUACUGUAUCCCAACUCAGACAAGGAUAUCGUCGAAACGCUAAAGUCGUGCAACCGUUUGGACGGUUUCGUGACUUUGGCCGAGGGAACGGGUUUUGCCGACACUCUUAAGCAAAGCGGACCGUUCACUGUAUUUGUUCCCAGCAAUGAAGCCCUACAGAAAGUGCCCGAUAAUGAUCUCGAUAUAAUCAGAAGCAAUAUGACUGCCCUUAAAGAAUUCCUGAAAUACCAUGUUGCGCACGGAGCUUACUAUAGCAAUGACUUAAAAGAUGGUCAAUUCAUACCUUCGCUCAUUGAUGGCCAGUAUAUUCAAGUCGGUAUCCGAGUCGACGGCUGUAGGCGACGUCUGGUAGAGGCGAACGUAUCGCCGCUAUACAGGGCCGACAUCCCGGCCUCCAAUGGUGUCAUACAUGUCGUCGAUUGGAUAUUGAAACCGGCGGACAGAGACUGGUGUGAGAAUGUUAUACUUCCCCGUUAA